GAUUUUGACAUUGUUGAACAGAGCUGAGACGCCAUUACAGGGUGUGAGAUCUCUGCUGCGAGACACGUUUGGAGUAUAUUUGGGGAGAAGUGGAGAGACAUUGGAAGUUGGUGAGUCCUGCUAUUGAAAAUAACUUUAAUAUCAAAUGGCUGAGAAAACCGUUCUUGUUGAAAGUUACCUGAGCUGCCAUGUGUGUUCAGAGACUUUCAGAGAUCCCGUGUCUCUGGGCUGCAACCACAGCUUCUGUUCGAGCUGCCUGCAGAAAUUCUGGGAACAAAGUAAGAACAAAAACUGUCCCAUUUGUAAAAGAAAAUCUUCUAAAGAAUUUCCCGGAGUGAACUUUGCAAUGAAGGAGCUGGCUGACUCCUUUGCUGAGAGACAGAAAGCUGGAUCAUCUGAGACAGAAAAAGGAGAGAAGAAGGUGGAGGUGGUGUGUAGUAAACAUCCAGAAGAGCCUAGAUUGUUCUGUAUGGAUGAAGAGAGAGCUCUGUGUCCUGUCUGUGAGUUUUCUCUCCACCAGAGUCACAAGGUGGUUCCUGUAGAACAAGCAGUCAGUGAGCUGAAGGACCUGCUGAAAUCUGACUUAGAGUCUCUGCAGGACAAGAGGGACAAAUACAAAGGAGUGGAGGAAACAUACAAUAAAGUGAUUCAAGUGUCCGAGAAGCAGCUGCUGUCCACAGAGAGGCAGAUCAGAGCAGAGUUCAUCAAGCUCCAUCAGUUCCUGAAAGAGGAAGAGGAGUCCAGACUGGCAGCUCUGAGGGAGGAAGAGGAGCUGAAGGGGAAGACUAUCAGCAGAGAGAUGAAGAGCAUUCAGGAGCACAUCUCCUCUCUGUCACACAGUAUCUCUGCUGUUGAAGAAGAGCUGCAGAAACACAACGGGCCCUUCCUCAGCAGUUACAAAGCCACUCAGAGCAGAGCCAGAGUCCAGAGCUCACUGUCAGACCCACAGCUGCUCUCAGGAGCGCUGACAGAUGUGGCCAAACACCUGGGCAACCUGUCCUUCAGAGUCUGGGAGAAGAUGAAGGACCAGGUCCACUUCAGUCCUGUCAUUCUGAACCCAAACACUGCACGCAGCUGGCUCUCUCUGUCUGAUGAUCUGACCAGUGUGAGACAAGGAGACAAAGAUCAGCAGCUUCCUGAUAAUCCAGAGAGAUUCACUAAGUAUGCUCAUGUUCUGGGCUCUGAGGGCUUCAGCUCAGGGAAACACAGCUGGGAGGUGGAGGUGGGAGAUCAUCCUGCCUGGAGUAUAGGUUUGGCUAAAGAGUCAGUUGACAGGAAGGGAGAGAUACGUGGCUCACCAAAAUAUGGAAUCUGGUCUUUAAGACAUCGCAGUGGAAAAUACACUAAUGGUGCUGGUAAGACUGUCAGAGUGGAGAAGAAUCUCCAGAGGAUCAGAGUCCAGCUGGACUAUGAGAGGGGGGAGGUGUCCUUCUACGACCCUAAAGACAUGACUCCCAUCUGCACUCUCAGAGACACUUUCACUGAGAAACUCUUCCCAUAUUUCAGUAUUUUAAAAGCUGGUGAUGCUAAAACUGCUGAUAUCAAAAUCUGUCAAAGUGAGAUUUCUCUGUGAUGUUCAGGAGUGUUGGUUCAGACUUUAUUCUGACUUCGUCUGUCUAGAUCCUUUUGAAAUAAUCAAGGUAAAAAACAACAGAUGAUAAUCAGAAUUUAAUUUGAGUCUGUAAGAUUUUAAAUGUUAAGAAGAUUUGAUCAGGUUUUAUUUACAGAGUUUUACACGUUUUACUCAAAGUCUCAGUGCAACAAAACUAAUCAUUUGUUUAUUUUUUAUAGUUUAUCAUUUUGUUAUACUUUAUUAUCAUGUUUUUAUA